CCUCCCCUCCCAUCCUCCCCUCCAUCUCUCCUCUCCCACUCCCUUCCAUUCCAUUCCAUUCCAUUCAACUCCAUCGCAGUGCAGUCCCCUCUUCCUCCUAUACAUAAAACCUCUGUUCCUCCUCCGGCCUCGACCUCGUCCCUGUGUUCUCUCCUCCUCCUCCUCCUCCUCCUCUUGCUGCUACUGCUGCUCCUCUUCUGCUGUAGACAGACUUCUGUGUUGUAUUGUGUUGUGUCGUUGUGUGGAGUGAGUUUAGUGAGUGAUUGAGUGAGUGAGGUGCAGUCGUAGGAAGAGUAGAAGCGGUGUAAUAUAGUUGAGGGUAGGAUUGCGCUUAUGCUUCGGCAAUUCGUCAACUCGGCGAGCCUUGGAAUUGAUUACGAUUACGCAUACAUCCGUCCGCCUUCGGGCGCGAGAGAGCGGUGAGAUCUCGAGAAAUCGCGACGCAGAAGGAGGAGCGAGAGACAGACGACGACAGCAGCAGCAGCACCAUGGAGUCCCGGCCCUGACGAGCACGGAAAGGAAAGCAAAGCAAGGGAAAGCGAAGCGAAGGAGGAAGUGGUGGUGCUGCGACCAUGCUCGCAAUGGUAGGUGCUCUGUCCGGGAUGUUCAAGAAGCCCGGGGCCCGCGUGCCCGACGCGCUGAGUUCGUCGACCAGUCAAUCUGCGGAGGAUGUGAGGGCGCGCAGCAAGGACUCCGAGAAUGUACAGUACCAGAGCUCGAACUCUCGGGGUCGAAUGCCCGGACUAUGUGGAGUAGAUUCCAGUAGGAGCAGGGACCGCAGGCGGAGCCGCGAGGACCGAAAUUGGCAGGACAAGAAGAUGGAUCACGAAUUCGAUUUCGUCCUCGUGCCCUCCGAUGGCGUCUACAUGUCGGGCUCCGAGUCCGACGAUUCGGAUUGGUCCGUCGGCUGGUUCGAGCCUCACUCGGCCAGCUUCACGGACAACGAGGACGAGGAGAAAUUUCAAGUUCUGGUGCCAAGUUAUCGGGCGUCCGCGGCGGAAUUGAACCCGCCGAUUCACAAGUCGGAGAGCAAGGACUCCAACACUCCGCCGUGGGCCUCUCUGCUCAGCAACCUGACCCAAUACACAAACUCAGAUAUGCAGAAGCAAUUGGACCUGUGGCUGCAGUCUCUGACAUCUAACAACUGACGAGGACGACGACGAGGACGAGGACCCACCGAUCGAUCCGAGCUUUGCUGGGCUCCAUGCACGGGUCGAGCAUGGAGCCCCGUUUGCCGCAGCGGAAGCUAGUAGCGCCCGGGGCGAGCUCCGUGAUGCGAACCGCACGACGCAGGACGAGGACGAAGCGCGGACAACCGCGACGUCGUCGUGUACGGUUCUUGGUCUCGUGUGUAAAUAUGUAGGCGAGAGAUUUUGUACAGAAGUGUAGAUGAUGAUGAUGAUGACGACGGUGACGGUGACGACGAUAUGAUGUACCCAGAGCGUAAUUUUGGUUAUGAUGUGCACUGAGACUCGGGUCGAGGUAGUUUUUGAGGUACAGGAUACAGGAUUUGACCCUGUCGCGAAGGUGGGCUAUCCUUUUCACGAUGACGUAGUCGUAGUACUCGUGCUUAGUUUUGGUUCAGGGCCUGGCUAGCAUCAUGAUCUGGAAAUUUCCGAAAACUGACAUCCAGUGAGUGCGAUUCCACCCUUAUUAGACACGAUUGAAUCCCCCCUCGAAGCCAUUUUUUUUAGCCCUGCUGACUGACACACACCGAGUCAGUAGUGGGUUAUUCCUCCCUUGAUAGAGAUGGUCAGGGAACGACAAUAGGGCUCCCUUUUACACCGGAUGGCCAUGGCGCAUGUAAUGUUUGUAGGUUGUAGUUACGCGCAACUCGAUCUGCUCACCUUCGCAGCUUGUAAAGAGUGUAGCGUAGCGUAGCCUAGUGGAAGUGAAGUGAAGUGAAGUGAAGUGUAGUGUAGUGUAGUGUAGUGCAGUGCAAUCCUCUCCGGCAGGACUGAGGAGAAAGUGAUAGAAAUUCGGCACUUCUGUUUGCGAAAUCGAUGAUUGUAACUCACGGCACGCGUGCUGAACUACUCUGAAUUUUGAAAUGUACUUUAUAUUUGUAAGUAGGAAACUCUAUCGCCUUCUUCGGGUCUCUGUCUGUCACG